GGAUUUUAAAAAUGAUGGGCAAUGUCAUGCAUGUCAUGUGGUAGGAUUUUAUGCCUCAAGAGAAGACUGCAGAAAAAGGUUUGAGGAACAUGGAGAAAUACCAUGCCAACAUUGCAAAAGUUGUAUUGAUUGCUGGUAUUAUUUUUCAAGAGUCACAUGCUGGGGCAGCGCUGAAGGACAGCUGGGGUGACCCUGGAAAUACAUUUGGUUUAGCUGAUAAACAGUACUGUAAGAUUGACAAGUCAUGGGACACUGAAGAGUACUUACCAUGAGACACAGAGAUUUUAUGCAGAUUUAUAAAUUCAGAAAAAAUUCCCAUCUUAGACAAAGGAACAGGACCUCAAAGUCCAACUACAGUAGUAACAUGUCUGAGGUUAUUAAUGUGGGUAGGCAUGAAGGAAUAUGCACACAAGGAAACAGUCAUAAAACUGAAGACAUUAGCAAAAUACAGCAAGGGGACAAUGAUCACCAAGUCUGGAUUAGCACCUCUGUUUACGUGUUUCUUUCACUCUCAUUUCAGGUGGGAUAAUGCAGAAGCUAACAAUAUCCAGAACUACAACAAACUGGAUACUGGCACAACACACAACCAUGUCAAUAACGUGGAUGCAAGAGCCAAUUUUUAUAAGAGAAUUGGAUAUUGAGAUCUCUGAAUAAUGAUUAGAGUCACUGAUUCAUACUUUGCUUCUAAUUAAAAACAACCUGGAUUUCUCCCUCAGAAAUAGUAAGAAUGGGGGGAGCAAUGAAGCCAGAAACAAGUACAAGAUUCCAACGGGGUUUUUUUUUCAGCUAAGGUUAAAAAAGUAACUUAAAAGAUAACACUGCUAAUAAUCCAAACUGCGACCUAUCACUUGCCAUUUUUUAGCUUACUUCAGGAGAAUAUUCAGAUUUUUCACCUGUGCCUGCAGUUUCUCAAGCAGCAGAUUAUUGUUGCAUGAAAGUUAUAACACUGCUUAACAAGAUUUUAUCUGCCUUGCAUCUUAUCUGCCAAUACCUCUGUCUAACAGCAGUACAAAACAGCAGUGCAGGAUGUUCAGAGAGCUGUCCCUGCCCUGAGGUCUUCAAGAUGCAGAGGUUUUCAAGACCCAGCUGGAUAAACUACUGAGUAACCUAGUCAGCACUUGCCCUGCAUUGAGCAGGAGGUUGGACUAGAGACCUAUGAGGUACCUCCCAACCCGAAUUUUGUGAUCAUCUUAUGUCAGUCUGUUCCCUGCACAAAAAGUCUGUUUGUUCCCUGCUUCAUAAAGAUCUACACAGAGCAUUGACAAAGCUUCA